AUGAGAAUUUUUAUAUUUAUCAUCCAAAUUUUCUUCGGAUUAUGUCAACGAGAAAAUCAUUAUCAAACAAACUCAAUUCCACAACCUUUUGUGGUGGUGGAACAAGGAAAGCUGAAAGGAAUGAUGAGUACAAAUUGGAAAGGGGGAAAAUUUUUUAGUUUUUUAAAUAUUCCUUAUGCUAAGAAACCAAUAAGAGAGCUUAGAUUUAAAGAUCCUUUACCCCCCGAAAAAUGGGAUGGAAUAAGAGAUGCCACAACAAAUAUGCCACGAUGCAUUCAACAUAACAUAAAUCAAGAAAUAAUAGGGAAAGAAGAUUGUUUAUAUUUAAACGUUCAUACAUACAGAUUAAUUGGAGAAGCACCUGUUAUGGUUUUUAUUCACGGUGGUGAUUAUUUAAGAAACACGGGAAGUUCAGAAAUGUUAGGGCCGGAAUAUUUAAUGGCGGAAGAAAUCGUAUUAGUUAGCUUUAAUUAUAGAUUAGGAUUUUUUGGAUUUCUUAACUUUGAAAACUCAAACGUUGGGGUUCCUGGUAAUGCUGGGUUAAAAGAUCAAGUAAUGGCUUUGGAAUGGGUUAAAACUAACAUUGCAAAAUUUGGUGGUGAUCCAAAUAAAAUCACUAUUUUCGGGCAGGAUGUUGGAGGAACAAGUGUACACCUUCACAUGAUGUCACCGAUAUCACAACCUUUAUUUCACCAAGCAAUAGCUUUAAGCGGAACUGCUCUUCAUACUUGGUCGAUGGGUAGCAAAGAUACAGGGUUGGUUCUGGGUCGAUUAUUAGGAUAUAGAGAUAGAUAUCCAACGAUGAUAUUAAAGAAGUUGCAGAGGACUAAAGCCGCGGAUAUAAUGGAAAUGCAAGAAGAUUUAAUCUCGUUGGCGUUUAAUCAUAAGCGUUUAAUCGGUCCAAUUAUUGAAUCGGAACACAACGGAACAAUAUUUCUAUCAGAAUCGCCGUUUUUAAUAUUAACGAAAGGUGCAUUUAAAAAAUGUCCCUUUAUACUAGGAGCAACAAAUAAACCAUCUUUAUUUUACGAUAUUAUUGACUUAAAAACAACCGGGAUGAUAAAUUCACUCGAAAUUAAUCAAAUUAUUCCGUAUACAUUACAACUCAAUCGAUUCACUCAAAUGCUUGUGCUGGAAGAAAUUUCUCAAGCGUAUAAAUUACAAAGCUUUGAAGUGAGAACGAGGGAAUAUCGAGAACUUUUGGACGAUUUAUUCAUGAAUUAUUUUGUUUACGUUACCGUAAAGAAACAUCUCGAAGCUGAUCAUAAAGAAAUGUAUCUUUAUAAAUUUUCAGCGAGUACCCGAUUAAAUUUAUUUAAAUUUUCUAAUCCUGAAACGGCGAAAGUUCAAGGAGCCUCUCAUUAUGAUGAUAUUGGGUACCUUUUCAGGGCGUCAAAAUCCCCAUCAACAUCUAACCCUGAUUCUAAAGAGGCGAAGUGUUUGGAAAGAUUUAUUGGGUUAUUCGUUAAUUUUGCAAAAACUGGUCAUCCAACUCUCAAAUACAAUUAUUGGACUAAUGUUACGGAAAAAUUUAAUUAUUUAGAUUUUAAAACGGAAUCAAUGAAAAUUGGUGUUAAUCCAUUUAAAAGAAUGGAUUUUUGGGAUGGCAUUUAUAAAAGAUUUGGGUCGGAAUAUUUUAGCGAAAAAAUAUUUGCCAAAAAACAAUUUCAAGAUGUAAAUGAGAACCAUGAGGAGGUAAAAUGUAAUAGAUUGAUGCUUAAUGGGUAUAAAAUGUUUUCUGGGGAUGGAAGUGGAGAAAUUUUGAGUGAAAAUUCAGGUUCAGAUAGCGAUGUUGAUGCUGAUUUUACCACAAAUUAUGAAAAUAUAACGGAUGUUUCAUUAAAUCUUAUCGAUGUAAGUACAAUUCCAUCCGAAAUUGCUACACAACAAGAAAAUAAUUAG